AAUAUUUUACUGUUUUUUUUUUUUCGGAAAAAAGAUAAACAUUAUGUAUUAAAUGUUUAAUUUGUAACAAUUAAUAUAAAAAUGAGUGAAGAGGAAGACACGUAUUGUCGAUUAUGUGCCGAACCGACUCCGAAAACUCAAUUGAUAUCACCGGACGAAGAUGUAGCAAUUAGUUCUAAAGUGGCCACUAAAUUACAAUGGAUAAACAUCGAUGUUUCGCCUUCUAAUACACUACCUAAAACGAUAUGUUUCUCUUGCUUCGAUCUGCUAGAAAGAACUUGGUUUUUCCUUCACAACGCGCGAACCGCACAGCUAAAACUCUCAGUAAUAUUUCCCUCAAAACAAACGUUAAAUUCCGCUGAUUCUGUAUUAAAAAAUGAAGAUAUCCCCCUGUCCCUGAUCGGAAGACCGGUAGACGAGAACUGGGAGGCGUUCCAGCAGCUAAAACAAGAGAUUAAGAUCGAAGUUGUUGACGGAAAUGACGUUCAAAGUAAAGAGGACGUUAAAAUCGAACAUGACAGUGAUCAGGAUCUAUUAGUGGCACGAGUAGACUGUGAUAACAUAGAUAGUGCAAAUUCCACCGACAGCGACGUGCCACUUGACGUAACAGCGAAACGAAAGCGAUUGAAACGAAAGAACAAAAAGUACGAGGACUCGUUGAGUUUGGCCAAUGAAAAACCAAUAGAUCCUCUACCAGACAGCAUAACUUGGGACAAUCAGAUGUGCAGGUGUGCGAAAUGCGACGCUCAGUGUGAAAAUAUAGCCUCUCUACAAGUACAUUCGUUACAAAUUCACAACCGAUGCUGUGCCUACAAAUGCCUCGACUGCGAUAAAGUGGUACAUCGAUUUAAAGCGUUUGUCAAACAUGUCCGCACUCAUAAGGAGUACCUGCGAUACUGCUGCGAGUUUUGCAACCAUCUCUUCACGUUAACGUCCAACGUUCAAAUACAUAAGGCAAAAGUUCACAACGGAGCAUUCUUAACAAAAUGUCGGAAUUGUGGCGCGGAGUUCGACACACCAGAACAGUUACAAGAACACACAAUACUAUACAAUAAACGGCAUAAACGGUUAUCGAGUCAGCGAGAAAUAGAAUUCGAUCUGAAAUGUAAAGACUGUAACAAGGAAUUUAAGUCUCGAAGCAACCUACAGCAACACAGGCAAGUGCAUAAAGAACGAACGAGAGACUUUUCAUGUCAUGUGUGCGGUAAAAUGUUCUUUACAAAAGGUACACUAGGAACGCACAUGCUCACCCACGAGGAUAGUAAGCCGUUUAAAUGCCCGUACUGUCCGUUAGCGUUCCGAGCAAGAGGUAAUUUAACGUCACACAUAAGUUUGCACUCUGGAGUCAAGCCGUUUGUCUGUGAGCAGUGUGGAAAGAGUUUUAGAGUGAAGCGACACUUGAAAUCGCAUUCUAUUGUACAUACAGAUCUAAUGCCAUUUGUAUGUGAGUACUGUAACAAAAGCUUCAGAUUUAAGACUCGUUUAAACCUACAUCUACGGCAGCACACAGGCGCUAAGCCUUAUAAGUGUUUAUUCUGCCAGCGAGACUUCACAAAUGGGUCUAACUUUAAGAAACACAUGAAACGACGACAUGGGAUAGAUACAUCGAGGAAAUUUGAACAGCGAGUAGAGUUAAAAGACGUUAGAGUUACUAGCGAACCAGAGAAAAUGUUAUAAUGUAUUUGAAUAAUGUACUGGAUUUUUAAAUAAUUAUUUCUAAUUGUAUAUUGUAUAGGCAAGUAUUGUAUUAAAUGUACAUAUUUAAAUCAA